AUGCAGCAUAUUGGCUGGAGACAACUAGUCGAAGUGUUUGAUGUAGUCCCUCCAGAGACUGGAUCUGUAAGUUCACUUGGAAAAAGGACAGUAGCAGAGGAUACUAUCAAGAAAAAGAACCCCCCCACAUCUGUUAAAAUCAGUCCAUGGGCAUUGGCACGCAUGAAUACAGAAGACGUUUCAAAAGUUGCUGCAGAGGCAAGGAAAAGAUCCAAAAUACUGCAACCUGUUGUGAAACGAGAAGCCCCUUAUGGCCUCGAAAUGGAUGGUGACUUUAGCAGCAGUGGACACCGAAUGAUCCCAAGGCCUGAUAAUAAUAGAAGGCGAUCUAGUAAGAGGUUUCGCCUCCCUGCAGAGCUACCCCUUGGAUCCCUGACCAAAGUUUCAAAUGAAGAUACUGAAAAUAGCGGAAAUGAUAUGAUUACUGAGACAUCAAGGAGUUUACCACCUCUUCAGCUUGAAGCACGGAGUGCUUUUCAAACAAGCCGAGCUACAUUCAGAUCAGGUGGUAUUGUCUCUUCUUCUCCAGAGAGCAGUUUAGACUCCCCUGAUCUUGACCCAUUCCGGGUCUCCUCGUCAGGAGCUGAAGAGGGAAGGAGACUCACUGGGCUAUCAGCAGCUGGCAUGGCUGCUCAGAAGGGUAUCCAAUUGUCAAGGUCAACUAGCGAUGGAUAUGAAGCGUCUGGCGGGGAAGAUAGUGACAAAGUUCCUUCCCGGAGUGUUCAAAGGUCGACAAACUGGAGUAACAUCUUCAGCACUGACCAGGAUGAAAAGGUCUCUCGACUGAAGGUGUCAUCUUCAUCUAGCCAAGCUAAAAGUAGAAAGCUUUGA